UGAGAGUUGUCUCCCCUGUUCACGUGUGUACUGUAGCCCAAAGAAGAAGUGAUGCAGUUUUUCUGCAGUGCUGGUCGUGGGACGGAGAAGUUUGUAGCUGAGGAAAUCAAAACAAAACUUGGUGGGAAAGCGAUUCAGGUGACGGAUGGAAAGGUGUUUUUCCAAACAGGUGUGGAGGUUGCUGGAGAAAUCAGCCAGCUGAGGUCUAUAGAAAGGGCAUUUGUCCAGGUGGUCAGAUGCAGCUCUCUAGAUGGUGUGAAAUCUGUCCAAGAUGUAGGAAAAAUCAUACUCUGUAAGGAUCACUGGACCAGUGCUGACCUUACAGGGUUAGUUACUAGGAUGCACAAUCUACAUGAAGAUGGUUCUUGCCCAGAGAGUAAGAAACGGCGCAUAGAUGAUGAAAAACCACCAGUAACAUUCAGGAUAUCAUGUAAAUGUGCAGGGAGAAUAGGACGAAAAAUUCAAUCUCAGAUGCUAUCAAGGUAUAUUGGUGGUGGUCUGCAGCGACUGGUCAGCUGGAAAGUUGACCUGCGCAACCCAUCCAUAGAGAUCUGUGUCCAUAUGAAUGAUGACCGACUGACUGUGGGUAUUCCCCUUCAGAGCAUCCCAGUAUCAAAACGCAGCUACAUUCGUCACUUUGGUCUUCGAGGGACAAUCGCCUGGAUCAUGUCAAACUUACUAGAUAUACAGUCUUAUGAUGUGGUACUGGACCCAAUGUGUGGGAAGGCCACACUAAUAGUUGAAGCCUGUCAAAACUUCAAAACAGCAACCUAUCUUGGCAUGGAUAUCAGCAAGGAUCAGCUUUCAAAGGCUGCAGAAAAUCUUUUGUGGUCACAUCUUCAUGGUAACAUAGGACUUGUUCAAGGGGAUGCCAAGUGUAUGCCACUAGAUUCUGAAAGCAUUGACAAGGUAUUGUGUGACGCUCCUUUUGGUCAGAACUUUCUCCCAGACUGUGAUAAUAUUUUGGAAUUCUACAAGCAAAGUCUUACAGAAAUAUCCAGGGUGCUGAAACCUGGGGGUCGUUUGGUAUUACUGACAAGUCAACAAUUAAGUUUGAAAGUGUGUGGUCUGUGUGGACAGCCUGGUAACAAAGAAAGGGAACCAGUGUCAGGGAGCGAGGAUGAUGAUUUGGUGAACAUUUCUGAUGGACAUGGUCAGAUCAAGGUCACCCCAUUGACCUUUUCAACAGAAGAAUCAAUAAAUGACCAACAAAAAUCAGAGAUACUUGACAGAAAAUCACCAGUACGUGAUUGUGAAUUAAAAUGUGGGGAUGCAGAUGGUAAUGUUAUAAGUCUGCAAACAAAAAGUGAAACUGAUGACUUGAUUGUGAAAAGUCCAAUUUGUGAUUCUCAGAAUAUAUUUGUACAGUCUGAUGUGAGUCACCAUUGUAAUGAUACUAAGCUAGUGUUAGGAGAACCAGUUCAGGAGAGGUCAGGUCAAGGUUAUGUUGAUUCAUCUUCUCAAGGUCACAUAAAUGUUUGCGGAUGUAUUGUAAGUGAUAACCAACAAUUAAAAUCUGUGAACUGUCUCAGUAAAUUGAGGGUAAGUGAGAGUCACUAUGUCAAACUAGGAGAAACUGAUGCAGUUAUAUGUGUGAUUAACAAAAUUGAUGAAAGAUGAAUAAUUUAAUAAACUUACAAAAUACA